GAACCCGUACGGUGGAGGCGCGAGCGCCGCCGAGGCGACGGUUGGAGUGCGGCUCGGUGUCAGAGCGCUCGCGCUCACUGAGAGGCCAUGGGGCUGCUGGAGCGUAUCCGGAAGCAGUGGUUCCUGGCGGCGAUAAUGCUGGCAAUCACCUUCGCUUAUCUGCAGCCUUCCGUGGGGAUGCAUGGAGGACCAUUGAAGCCAGAGUUUACUAUAACCUAUGUUGCUGUUUCAACAAUAUUUUUAAACAGUGGACUCUCACUAAAGACUGAGGAGCUGGCUAGUGCUUUGAUGCAUAUAAAACUUCAUAUGUUUGUGCAGAUCUUCACACUUGGAUUUUUCCCGACUGCUAUGUGGUUUAUUCUUAAGUUAUUAGCUCUUACAUCUAUAAACCCAUGGCUUUUAAAAGGUUUGCAGACUGUUGGUUGUAUGCCUCCUCCGGUAUCAUCUGCUGUAAUCCUAACGAAAGCAGUUGGUGGAAAUGAGGCGGCUGCAAUUUUCAAUUCUGCUUUUGGAAGUUUUCUGGGAAUUGUUGUUACACCGCUACUACUUCUGCUGUUUCUAGGAUCUUCAUCAUCAGUGCCAUUCAGUUCAAUUUUCUCUCAGUUGUUUAUGACUGUAGUAAUCCCACUCAUUUUAGGACAGAUUUUGCGAAGAUACAGCAAGGAUUGGCUUGAAAGGAAAAAGCCCCCAUUUGGAGUUAUCAGCAGUUGUGUGCUCCUUAUGAUCAUAUAUUCAACAUUUUGUGAUACUUUCUCCAGUCCAAAGAUUGACCUAGAUACCUUUAGUCUAAUAAUAAUUGUUCUUUUAAUAUUUUUCCUUCAGCUGAGUUUCAUGUUUUUAACUUUUAUCAUUUCUACAAGAAAAAAAUCAGGUUUCACAGCUGCAGACACAGUUGCCAUUAUGUUCUGUUCCACCCAUAAAUCACUGACUCUUGGAAUCCCAUUGCUGAAGAUAGUGUUUUCAGGGUAUGAACAUUUAUCCCUCAUCUCUGUUCCAUUACUCAUCUAUCAUCCCACUCAGAUCCUGCUAGGUGGCCUAUUAGUUGGAACAAUGAAAAGCUGGAUGAUCACUCGUCAAAAAGCUCUAAAACUCUCAAGACAGACAAAGAUUCCUGUAUAAUGUAAAUGAUUAAUAUAUUUUGUAUGAAUGUACAUAUACCAUGCAAUGAAACGUAUAUACAGAACCUCCAGCAAACCAUUCAAGUGAAGAUUUAUGUUUAAGAAUUUUGUCUUUGCAUCUAUUUUAUUUUGUACAGGUUCAUGAUUAAGUGCCUUAAAUGUACAACUGAAGCUAUUAGGUUAUUUUUGCCUUAUGCAAGAACUGUUCCUUGAAUAAUACCAGAAGACUGCAGAGUAUUUGAGGUGUAUGUCUGAUUUUUUUAGUAACAAAAAUUACUUUGUAAAUCAAUUCAUGGGGUACUUAAAAGACUGUGGAUAGAUUUAUGAAAUGAUGUGGAACUAUCAAAAAAAACAAAGGAAUUAUUUUCAUGUUUCCAUCCUAUUUUUCUUUAAAGCAAAUAUUGCUAUUUUUCUCCCCUUAGGCUUUAUGUUUAAUGUUAUAACAUUAGCUGGCCUCAUUUUGUGUUAAAUUCACAAAGCUUUUGCCUUUUGUCCCACGAGGAUUGCCCACAGUAUGGCUAAGUGCUGUUGUGGUGGGUAAGGGGCAGAAAUUAACUCUGUUGGUGUCUGCUCCCAUUAAAACCAUAUUGCUUGACACUGAUCGAAUUGAGGAAUAGUGGAUAAGUUUUAAGUAAUUUGUUGCUGGAUUGAAGAUAAUGCAAAACAGUUUGAUAGGAGGCUUCCAAGUAAAUUGUAUCGGUAUCUUUCAGCUAGUCAAAAUAUUAUAUUUAAAAAGGCAAGAGUAAAUUCCAAUAAAUAUUAUUGUUGAACAGUUUUGAAAUGUGGCAAACACUAUAUUUUUCAUUCAAUGGUGUAACUCUCAGGAAAAUAGUUGCUGGAAGCUGUUCUUUGAAUGUAUUCUACGGAGGCAUAAACUGAAUCACAGAUUCAGCAAAUCACAAUUGUGUUUUGAUGAGUUACAGUAAUUUGUAGCUACAACCUGCCCAAUAUCAAUUCAUUUGUUAUCAGUCAUCAGAAAUUACCCAAAAUUCUGUUCCACAUUACCAAACCAAAUUAGAUGAUACAGGUCCUCAUUGGAUACUAAUAUUACAAACAUUUAUUUUGACACUGUUGUGCCAUCAAUAGUGCUGGUGAAGGCCAAUAAAAUGUUUAUUUUUAUAUAUGUAUAUGUGUACACACAUGAAUAUAUAGUGUGUCAGACUAAAUUUAGGUGACCUUGACUGAUACAAUGUGUGAUUAAAAUAAACCUUUCAGUUAGAUUACUACAUUAUAUCUUUAAUAGAUUCAGUCACAAUUUCUUUGAAUAGUGUUGAGUACAUUUAAUAAAUGCAGUAAAAGGAGUUUUUUUUAUCAUUCAACUAUAAAUUCUGGAGCAUGAUCCUUGAAAUAAUGGGGCCAUUAGUAAAAUACAUUUAUUAAUACAGCCUUGUAGAUAAAAUGCUUACUUGCAUCAGGCUUUGCUCAUUUAAGUCACAAGUUACUAUGUGUACAUUGAAUGUACUUAUCAGUUUUCAUUUUAAUUAAUCAUUUCCUUGGUUUUGGUUUUUAUUUGUUUCUGGACAAAAUAACAACUGGUGAGCCUUUCAGAGUUUGUGCAUGUUUUGUAUGUUAUCGGUUAUGGGCCAUUAUAAUGAAUGUGUUUUAAUCUGAACAAAUGUUUAAAUGUAAAACAAAGAACUGCUGAUGCUGAAGAUCUGAAAGAAAAGCAGAAGUUGCUGGAGGAACUUAGCAGAUAUGGCAGCAUCUGUGGAGAGAACGCAAAGUUAACAUUUUGAGUCCAGUGACCCUAAUGCUGCCAGACCUGCUGACUUUUAUUUUCUUGAGAAACUUUUGCUCUUGUUUCUAAUGUAUAAAUGUAAAUUAUUGUUAGAAGCAAUUUAUUUGUUCAUUUUACAAGCAUCUUGUGGCAGAUUUAUUUUUGCAAGAUUCAUCAAUAAAGAACAUAAAGCACACACAAGCACA